UUGAGCCGACAACAACAAGCAUAGAGACCGGUUCGACGUCCGGUCGGUUUAUUACAACCUUCGCCCGCCGCAUGAACUAAACCCUCGUGGCGGUGGCGGCGUUUGCGGUCUGCUGACACCCAAUUUUGCCGAGAGAGAGCGGGGGGACGACCGGGAACGGAAAGAACGGAGUUCCUCCGGUGACCGCCGGGCCUGCUCCGCAGCCGACAACCCACCGACGUCGCCCCUUUUCCCGCGCCAAGCUCCGGGAUGAUAGCAGCGAUAUCCUGGGUCCCUAGAGGGGCUUCAAAGGCGGUCCCCGAUGUGGCCGAACAGCCUUCCAAGGAGGAAAUUGAAGAGAUUUUGAAGAGUGGAGUUGUGGAAAUAAGUGGAGAUAUUGACGGCGAGGAGGAUGAUGAAAACAUGGAUGCGGUUGCUUCAGAAAAGGCUGAUGAAGUUUCCACUGCAUUAUCUGCCGCUGAUGCACUUGGGAGAAGUUCCAAGGUGACAAAAGUUGGAUCUGGUUUUGAGGAUAUAACUGAUGGUUUGAGGGAGCUUGAUAUGGAUAAUUAUGAUGAAGAAGAUGAAGAUGUAGAGCUAUUUAGCACUGGACUUGGUGACUUGUACUACCCGAGUAAUGACAUGGAUCCCUACCUCAAGGAUAAGGAUGAUGACGAUGACUCUGAAGAGCUUGAGGACCUGUCUAUUAAACCAAUGGACUCUCUCAUUGUUUGUGCGCGUACAGAUGACGAAGUCAAUCUUCUUGAGGUCUAUUUAUUGGAGCCAUCAGCUAAUGAUGAAUCAAAUAUGUAUGUUCACCAUGAAGUAGUUAUUUCAGAAUUUCCCCUCUGCACAGCGUGGCUUGACUGUCCGCUUAAAGGUGGAGACAAAGGAAAUUUUGUUGCUGUUGGCUCUAUGGAGCCUGCCAUUGAGAUUUGGGAUCUUGAUAUUAUUGAUGCUGUAGAACCAUGUCUUGUAUUAGGCGGUCGAGAAGAGUUGAAGAAGAAAAAGAAGAAAGGAAAGAAGGCAUCGAUUAAGUACAAGGAGGGUAGUCACACAGAUUCAGUGCUUGGCCUUGCUUGGAACAAGGAGUUCAGGAAUAUACUUGCCAGUGCAAGUGCUGACAGGCAAGUCAAAAUUUGGGAUGUUGCAGCUGGAAAAUGCAAUAUUACCAUGGAACACCACACCGACAAGGUUCAAGCAGUUGCAUGGAAUCAUCACGCUCCACAAGUUCUUCUUAGCGGAUCUUUUGAUCAUUCAGUAGUCAUGAAGGAUGGAAGAAUACCUUCACAUUCUGGAUAUAGAUGGUCUGUAACGGCAGAUGUUGAAAGUUUGGCGUGGGAUCCGCAUUCUGAACACUCCUUUGUGGUGUCCCUUGAAGAUGGCACCAUUAGAGGAUUCGAUAUACGUGCUGCUACAUCUAAUUCUGCCUCCGAGUCACGAGCAAGUUUUACUCUUCAUGCACAUGAGAAAGCUGCCAGCACAAUUUCAUACAAUCGUUUGGCACCUAAUCUUCUCGCGACAGGGUCAACAGAUAAGAUGGUAAAACUCUGGGAUCUGUCCAAUAACCAACCUUCGUGUAUUGCUUCGAGAAACCCAAAAGCUGGUGCUGUCUUUUCUGUUUCCUUCUCGGAGGAUAGUCCCUUUUUACUUGCUAUUGGAGGUUCAAAGGGGAGACUUGAAGUGUGGGAUACAUUAUCUGAUGCAGCUGUAUCACGAAGAUUUGGAAACCACGGCUAGCCGAAAACAGCAGAACCUGGUUCUUGAUGCUGCCAAAUGAGAACAUGGUAAAGAUGUCUUACAUCUUCUCAAUGUCGGCCUUGCUCAGUUCUUAGAGCGCAUUGAAACACCUGAAGUCAGGGUUUGCUCUGCGAGUCCAGUCAUGUUCUUGUAGCAGCAUAUUAUUGAGCAUUUUAAGUGUUUUUGUCUUAUUUUUGGGUGUUGAGAAGGAAAAAAGAAAGUGUUUUUUUUUUCUUGGGCGGGUGGGGGUUUUGGGGUGGGGUUUCCGCAAGUACACAAGAGAGCAUCACAAGGAAAAGAUCCCGGGGAAAAGUGUUACAAAUGAUAUAUGAAGCUAAUGCAAUAGUGUCUUUUUGACUCAGAAUCUUGUUCAACCGGUAGUUACGAGCAUCGGCUCUAGAAUCCGCGUAUCCAGUAUCUUGUUAGAUAGACUUUGUCAAGAUGGACAGCCAUUCUUGCUUCCUGUCAUAUUACUACAUGUUCCUGUAAUUAA